UGGCUUCUUACCAAAAGUAGAACUAAAUGACUCAUCGUAACAAGUGGUGAAGCACCCAGAACAGCUCUGAGCAGUCAGGGUCCUGCUGUUGGCUUGUGUGCACUAGAGACGGGCAAUGCUGGAGAUGGAAAACAGACGGUCAUAGCCAGGGACACCAAGAAACUACCAUGGGGGCAGAUGACCAAAUACUUGUCACCUUGUCCGGAGAGGGCCCAUGGGGUUUCAGACUGCAAGGUGGAUCGGAGAAAAAACUACCUCUUCUGGUGUCAAAGGUCCGUAAGCGCAGUAAGGCGUGCCGCGGGGGCCUGAAAGAGAACGAUGAGUUAAUCUCCAUCAAUGGGAAGCCCUGCGCUGGGUUAUCCCAUGCAGAAGCAAUGCUGAUUAUAGACACAUCAGGCAGCAAUCUCCAUAUCCAAGUCAAGCGGACAGCAAACGGAGCUAAGACAGCACCACGGUCCCACAGAGUGCCUGCUUCCCCUACAAGUCCAAACCGCAUCACAAGUCCAGAGCCUCUUGGUUCCUGGACUACAUCACCAUCUACAACCACAAAGACUGGUCAGCACCGGCUGCUCCACCUUGAGAGUAUCACCUCUCCACCAGACAGUGAAGCUUACUACGGGGAGACUGAUAGUGACGCAGACAUUCGGGCAUCUCCAGGACAUCCUCAGAACACCCAACAGCAUCACAACCAGCAGCAACAACCCCAGGAGAAGCAUAGAAGAGCUCGUAAGAAAAGCCCCAGAUCCCCACCAGGCAACAACAACAAAUCAGAGACAGAGCAGCAAUCCCUUUCAGAAAUGAGUGGCUAUGAGAGUGGUCCUGGAGGUGUUGGGGAGUGUGCCGUACAGCCCACUGUUGGUGUGGCCAAGCGUGAAAUUGUAUAUCAACCUGGGGGGAGCAGGGCAGAGACACCCUUCUCAGACGUAGAAGGGUUCUUGCCAACAGAAGAGAGGGAGCAGGUAGCACCUUCACCAGAGGCCCUUCUGUUGCCCCAUGCCACCAAGACUAUACGAGCAGAGAGACAUCUUAUCCCAAUGAUUGGACCAGUGGACCAUCCUGUAGAUGAUGAUCUGACAACAACAUAUUCUGAGAAAGCUAAAGAAGCAAAACUUCAUCGUAGUGAGAGUGUUCAGGAAAAGAACGUAAAGGAGGCUAGAACAAAGUGCAGAACAAUUGCAUCUUUGCUGACAGAUGCACCGAAUCCUCAUUCCAAGGGUGUGCUUAUGUUUAAAAAGAGGCGUCAGAGAGCAAAGAAGUAUACCCUUGUAAGCUACGGCAGUGUAGACGAGGAUAGAUACAUUGAGGACGAAGACGGUGUCUUUCCAACAAGUGAAUCUGAAUUUGAUGAAGAAGGUUUCUCAGAUGCUAGAAGCCUAACAAACCAUUCAGACUGGGACAGCACUUAUUUGGACAUUGAGAAACCAAAAAUGGAUCAUGAACAACAACAAGAAGAUAGAGGUCUGAGUGAAGCAUCUGGAAAAGGAGCUGCACUAUUUGAUCUACAAAGGCAAAGAUCUGGACAGUUUUCUAUUGACAAUAUCCCAUCCCAAAAUUCUCAAGAACCAGCCAAUCCUCCCCUUACUUCACAAAGAGCAAUGGUCAAUGGUGAGGUGCUAUCUCCUGUUAACAGAGGCCAAGAGAAUAGGGAUUCAGAAAGAACCAAAGUGACAAGUGCACAGAUAUCAUUAUCUACUCCUCAGUUCCAACCUGUACAAACAGAUGGUAUUCAGUCACCUAUUACAGCAACAAGUUUUUUCAAUAGGUCAGCAAGACCAUUUACUCCAGGCCAGGCUGUACAGCGCACAAUGGCUUCUUCCGUUGUUUUUAAGCCUUCUACACCAAGAAAAACAAGUGAAAGUCCAUCUGUGCAAAAUAUAAUUCCGUCACCAUUCACUCAGUUUGUCCCAGAUACUUCUUCAAGUAUGCAAAAGGCUCCAGUAAGCUCUGUUGCUUCACUCUAUAUUCCAGCACCUGGAAAGCCAUCUGUAGCUCAGUACACUGGAGGUGAAAAUAUUGUAGAUUCUCCUUCACUUGCGGCAACACCACGGGCAACAACUGCAUCCAUAUAUCUCUCGUCUCCUUCACGCCCUUCAGGAUCUCAAACAAUAGCUUCACAGCCAAGUAUGGUUAAACUAGUAGAUUCUUCUCCUGCAACCACACUGACCUCUCCUGUUUCCCAUUUCAGCCCAGCACCAACUGUAUUGAAGGCAUCCCCUUCUUAUAGUACUCCAGGAACACCUGUAAUCCAACCUCUGGAGUCUGUAAAUUCAAGAGAACAGAGGAUUUCCGUACCUGUUGGGCGUACUGGUAUAUUAAAUGAGGCACGGAAAAGGGGUGGCAAAAAACAGAUGUUUAUCAAAAAAGAGGAAAAGAAGUAUUUACCCAAUCCAGAACUUUUAUCUCUGGUGCAGAACAUUGAUGAAAAGCCAAAGCAAGAUCAACCUGGAGCAGGAUUUGAGUCUGGGCCUGAAGAGGAUUUUCUUAGUUUAGGAGCUGAAGCAUGCAACUUCAUGCAGCCUUCAGGACGUAAGUUUAAAAUUCCUCCGCCUGUGGCCCCUAAACCUCAGGCAAAGCAAUCAGGUGAUGAACUUGUAAAUGGUGCCCAAGAUAUGCCACAAAUGAAAGGUAAAGGAGCAGAACUUUUUGCCAAGAGACAAAGUCGGAUGGACAAGUUUGUUGUGGACUCAAAUAAUGUGUCUAGAUCCAGGCCUAAUUCCAGACCAAGAACACCCUCUCCAACACCCUCUCUUCCCUCUUCUUGGAAAUACUCAUCCAAUAUCCGCGCUCCACCUCCAAUUGCCUACAAUCCAUUGUAUUCUCCAUUUUAUCCAUUAGCAGCAUCUAAAUCCCAAUCUAACAAAGCAGAGAGCAAAGUUAAAAAGGCUGCUGGAGGUAAACCAAGAAUGCAGGCCAUUGAUUUUAUGCGUCACCAGCCGUACCAGUUAAAUUCAGCAAUGUUUUGUUUUGGGGACUCAUCUAACAGUGGAAGUCCAUCAACCCAGGACACCCAAAAACACAAUUUAUCAGUCACCCCUACUAGGCAAGUUCCUGUGAAAACUGCUAGAGCUCAUGAGAUUAAACGAUUUUCAACUCCAACUCCAAUGUCGUCAUCAAUCAACAUGGUGCCUACUGUUUUAACUCCAAGAUCAGCAACCACACUUGCAGAACCAGUAUGGAGAACAGAUACCAUCUCUCAGCCUAUGUCACCAGAAGCUGCAGUACCUCUCUAUAACCUUUCUCCUGCACAAAAGGCCAGUCAGUAUUCUAGCCCACCUCAAUAUCCAGCUUCUGGCAUUCUCAGUCCUAUUAGUUCAGUUACUUCACCUAGAGCUUCAGUUGCUAGUAUCCCAGUACCAAAACCUCGGUUCUCAGCAUCUAGAACAGGUAUGCAAGCUAAUGUAUGGAGGCCCGCCAAAGUCCAUUUCUAACCAAUAAUUCAGUAAUCUAAUGGCAGAUGUUAUACUGAAGUUAAACGUUUCUUGAAAACACUUUUGCUUUUUGAAUUUAAUUUACUAAAUAACCCUUCUCAUACCCUUGUCGUCUCCCUAUAAAAUCUGUGUUGAAGACCAAGACUGUACUUAAAAACUUUAACACAUUAGAAGGAAUAAAGUAAGAAAAUAAUAAGAAGAAAUGUUUUUGUGAUGGAUCAGAGAUGGAUAAAGUAAUGACAAGCAAAGCAGCAAAGGAUGUGCCAACAAAGACACAGUAAAAGUUAAAGCCAAAACAUUUUUGUGCAAAAGAAAUAUAAAUCCAAAACAUGGCAAAUUCUGAUAGAGUUCAAUACCAAUUAUGGAUUUUAUGAAUGUGUAGAUAUUGUCAUUAAAGAUAAAACACAAGAGGCUGACUGUGAGGUCUAACUGACCAAUAUGCAUCAGUAGUUGGUUUAGGACACACAUGAAGACUAAGAUACCUCUGGGAUCUUUCUGUUGAACAAGAUGAGAACAUUGUAAGUGACACACAUAUUGCAUCUUGUUGCUCAAGAGGGGAUAUAUCUCCUUAGCCACAUAAAAUUGACUUGCGUGUGCCAUCUUAAUCUGUGGGUACUAAUUAAAUACUCCUUAUUGGUGACAGUUUAUAAGGAGCUUGACUACCAAGCAAACAUAAUCCUUAAAACAAUGGGUGGAGUAGUUAAUAAGCUUCUACCGAAGCAGUAAUUCUAGUACUAUAAAAUGAGAAUAAAUAGUAUGUUUACUUAGUGUGUGCAUGGCAUUUGCAUUUCCCAGUUUAAAACAAGUAUAAAAUCAUUAUUAUGAAUGUCAUGAAAUCAAUGACAUUUUUUAUGUAGUUUCAUUAGUUUGUGUUUUUGUUUGUUAUACAUACAAGUGUGCCAAUAUUGUCAAAUGGUGUUGUUUGCUAUAUGUACCACUGAUGCUUUUUGUGCUUUUUUGUGCUUUUUAUUGCCUCCCAUAUAGAAUAAAUCUAUUUCACCCCCUGCAUGCACGCAUUUCCUGCAUAAUGCUUUUUUAUGUGCAAACGUGUUUAUAUGAAACAGCUUUUUUCAUAAGCAUAAAAAUGAAAGCUGUAUUUUCCCAUGACAUUAUUCUGAUCAUCAAAUACCUCUAUCGUCUCUAAAAUAUUUAGGUAACUCCUCUAAAAAAUGUGUGAACUAAUUGCCUAAGAACAUUUACAAAACAUCAUGUAAAAGUGUGUCUCAUACCUUAAUUCAUGGACCAUAUUUGUCAGUGUUUGAAGACAAUGCCAUUUUCUUGCUUUGUGUUUGUGUGUUUGGUUCUCUAAUUCACAAUUUUAUGUGGCACUUGUGGGAUAUACAUCAGUGCAUUCAAAUUGAGAUAUUUAUUAUAAAAAAAAGUAGGUGGAAUUAUUAGCCCACAGUCAACCAGAGACAUCUUCAUUCUAAGCCUAGUCAUAAGCUCCAUAAACUCUACAUUAACUGAACUGUGAUUGACUUAAACAAUUUUAAUAUCUUAGUAAAAAGGCACACGUUGGUGAGAUGAUUUUUAUACAGGUUCAUUGGGUGUAGUUGGAAUAUUCAAGGAUGAAAUACAAAUGUACUGAACAGUAAUAUAUGUUCUGAAAGUGUGUAAAUCACAGCUACGAAUAAAUUAGGUUGCAGAUUUCAGUGCUAAAACUCAGCUUAGGUUCAUUUGAAAGAAGCGCAAUGUAUGUCCAGGUGUUGGAAGAUUGCUAGAGAAAAACAUUUGGAAGUUUUGGCACAGGUAUAUAACAGACAUGAAGACGGGGUCUCUUUAUAGCUUGUGAACAGCAUGAUGACACUCACUGAGAACUGUAAUAACUGUAUAAAUUAAACCAGAGAUUUCAUCUCAACUAUGAAUGAAAUUAAAAUGAGGGAUUUUUAUUAUUGGUUUGGACAAUGCAGAAACAAAGAAAUAGAAGGUGCUGCUUAGGACUGUGAUGCACAGGGGAGACCUAUACAAGGCCUAAUGAAGGAUAAGUAGAUCUGAGAAAGAAAACUAGAGUUUUUAGAAAUGAAUUGUUAAAAUAUGUUUUAGUAAAGUACUGAGCUCAGAGGGAGCGUGUAGCAAAAUGUGUGUGCUCUGAAGUAGAUUAUUAGUUUGUACAAUUUAUUAAAUGGUUUUGUUGCAAGAAACCUACUUGGAAGAGAAAACUCUGUAUUUUGACAGCUAGUUUUGAAUGUAGCACUAAUAAAAGCCUUUUAACAUAAGUGUAACAAGUGCUGGUUUACAAGCAGCAUGGCACCAGGGGUAAAGAUGUAUGUGUAUUACUGAAUAAAGUUUUUAUCCAAUGAUAGAGGAAAAA